AUGAGUGUCCGAGGGAACGGGGGAGAGUUUGACAGCGAGAAGAGGCAAGUGACGGUAGGUCAGCGGGUUGACGAGGUUGAGUCUGCAUGCCCGGUCCCGAACCACAAGCCAUUCAGCUCACCAUUACCCUGGUCGCCCGUUUUGUCUCAGGUUGAAUAUUUUUUUUAUGUCGGAAGUCCAGCGGUGAUGAGAAGCCCACGGUCGAUCCAGUUUGGCUACGCCAAGGGGAGCUCGGUGUUGGCUGUGGUCGUGGGUCGACCCGUCGAUGGGAGGGUAUCCGACGACGAAACCACAGCCGGACUGCUCGAAGUUUCAUGCGCGUCCGAGUCCGAGAGGUGGGAUGAAGGAGAGAAGUUGCGGAUGGUGAUCGUCGAGGAUCUGAGGUUUCCAGAGGAUCCCUCAGGCGGUUGUGUCACCUCCUCUGACGACAGCGAUCAAGUAAAGAAGCUCCCGAUUUUGAUAAUCGAAGACGCGAGGCCCCACACCGACACCGAGGGGGAGCAACUGGCGCGGCCAACUGCCAGCUUUUGGCGAAGGCCCUGGUUCGCUACGGGCGUGGGAGGUGCCGCAGGCACUGCGUUCGUGACAUACUUGAUCUUAUUGCUCCAAGCUGGCGACUGCCCCAGUGACGAUGUGGUGUCGGCCUCCUCCUCUGUGUCUGAGGUCACCACCUAUCACUCUACCCCAGCCACACACAGCUAUUCCCUGUCAGACCUUACGACGGUCAAGCCUACUCCGUCAGACCUUACGACGGUCGAGCCUACUACGUUCCGUCGCGUCUGGUACAGCUCAUCCCUGUCGCCCGAUGUUGUCACGGACCUCAGCGAGAUCGGCACAAUUUCUGAGACGGAGCUGGCUCUGGUGGAGACACCGAUGGACGUGUGCAGGCGGACAUACACGAAAGUGGUACUGCACGGCCCACCCACAUUGACAGAGGCGACGAGCCACGGCUGGCAGACACUUAUCUGGCAGGAGUUGGAGUGGGGCGAAUGUGAACCGUAUGGCGGCAGAAUAGUGUGCACGCGUGACCAGAACACGGACGACGUGAACUUUGGGUGUCAUUACUUUGGCACUCCGUGGAAAUUCGAUCUUCCUACUGUCUGGGAGGGUAUCGUUCGCCAUGUGAAGCCUAAUAGGUGCUCGUACCAGUGUAACGACAAAGAGGAGCACGACAAACUACUGACUGUCCGCCGAGCGCUGGAGAUUGCGGGUUCGAUUCCCGGCGUUGACUUGGACGGUGUCAGCGAACAGGACCUGUAUACACUCGGACGGGAAGUGAAACUAUCCCUGAAAUUCUGGAAGCAUCAUAAUGGGAGACCAUUUGAGGAGGUAAACCUGCCCAGGUUGGGAGACUGGUUUGACCGCUGCAAUGGAUCGGCCGAGACACUUUAUGAGAGUUUGGUCCGAACUCCGUCGGAGGACGUCGAGCACAUGCAGUUUGGGGCGGUCACUGGGUUCUGGACAGACAAGUACUUGCCGCCGUACUAUAGCGCUGCAGUUCGUACAGAAGGCUAUGACGUAAAACACCACAGCAUCUAUUGCUAUUUUUUAAGUGAGAGCUCCAAGCAGAAGAUUCUAAACGCCUGGAACAAGAUCGCCCCUGCCUAUCGCCGUCCGGCUUCGUAG